UUAAAUGCCAUCUGGGUGGUUCCUCUUGGGUUUUUUAAAACCAUCACCCAGUUCUAACCCGAAGGCAGAGGCCAACCAAGGAGGAGAACAUGAUGGACCUUUUUGAAACGGGUUCCUAUUUCUUUUACUUGGACGGGGAAAAUGUGACCCUGCAGCCCUUAGAGGUGGCAGAGGGCUCGCCUCUGUAUCCAGGGAGUGAUGGUACUCUGUCCCCCUGCCAGGACCAAAUGCCCCCAGAAGCCGGCAGUGACAGCAGUGGCGAGGAACACGUCUUAGCACCCCCUGGCCUGCAGCCCCCCCACUGCCCGGGCCAAUGUCUCAUCUGGGCUUGCAAGACCUGCAAGAGGAAAUCUGCCCCCACCGACCGGCGGAAAGCGGCCACCUUGCGCGAGAGAAGGAGGCUCAAGAAAAUCAACGAGGCCUUUGAGGCGCUCAAGAGGAGAAGCGUGGCGAACCCCAACCAGAGGCUACCCAAGGUGGAGAUUCUGCGGAGCGCCAUCAGCUACAUCGAGCGACUGCAAGACCUCCUGCACCGGCUGGACCAGCAGGAGAAGAUGCAAGAGCUGGGAGUGGACGCUUUCAGCUGCGGGCCCAAGCCAGACACACUCCAGGGCGCGGAUUUCCUGCGCACCUGCAGCUCCCAGUGGCCAAGUGUUUCGGAUCAUUCCAGGGGGCUCGCGGUCACUGCCAAGGAAGAAGGAGGGUCUACCAUGGACUCGUCGGCCUCCAGUAGCCUUCGUUGCCUUUCCUCCAUUGUGGACAGUAUCUCCUCGGAGGAGUGCAAGCUCCACAGCGUGGAGGAAGUGGUAGAGAAGUAAGGACGCAUGGGGCGCUCGCUUGUCCAUGCAGAAGAAGCCAUCCUGCCUACUCCACGGUCGCUGGGUCCUUUAACGUUAGGUCUCAGUGACCCCCGUUAUCCACGAACUCAGUGCAGGGAGGUCAGGAAAAUGAGGGGGAAAAAAUCGCCAAGAAAAGUUCUCAAAAACUGCUUUGCGCGCUCAGCCUAGAUAAACCUGUGGGCUUGGGGCUUGUGUUUAUGGAACCGCGAGUGGCUUAAAUUGAGCAGUCGUUUUUUGUGUUUAUAAAUAUCUAAUAUGUAUUUAUAUAUUAGAUAUUUACUUUUAAUACAGUGUAACAAGAGCACAUGUUACAACGUGUUUAGAAGAACUCCAUUCCUGGCUCUUGCUAAGUGGAAACGCUGCGUUUAAAUGGUGGUGGUAUUGAAUGUCUUUCUUUUUGUAAAUAAUCUUAAGACUGCCUGUUUUUUUUUUUUUAUGUAAACCAAAGAAAUAUAUUUUAAAUGUGGAUUGGCGUGUUGUAUAUAAGAUGUGCGAGGAUCCUGAUAUUGUCAUAUUAAAAGAUCAGUUUCUAUAUGAA